AUGACUGAUGUGCUUUCAGGUAACAAAGAGACAAGCACUGAAGAAAUAAUUGAUGCAUUAAAUCGGCGUAUUUCCGAGUACAAGAAAUAUCUUGCAAGCACUGAAAAGUUGUGUUGUAAAAUUUUCAGGCACAGUCGCAGGACAUAUCUUGGCAAGCAAGCUGCAAGUUCGGUGGAAAUUUUAACAAGAGAAUUGGCAAAUAUUGAAGCGAUGAGUAAAGCGAGUACGCCACCAGCUACGCCCUGUAGCGUUUCGAUCGAGGUCCACUCUCAAAUGCUUUUUUUUUAUUUCGCCUUUCAUUUCACUGAAAAGUUGUGUUGUAAAAUUUUCAGGCACAGUCGCAGAACAUAUCUUGGCAAGCAAGCUGCAAGUUCGGUGGAAAUUUUAACAAGAGAAUUGGCAAAUAUUGAAGCGAUGAGUAAAGCGAGUACGCCACCAGCUACGCCCUGUAGCGUUUCGAUCGAGGUUGUUAGCAAUGGUACCACGCAUCUUCGACCAUGUGUUGUUCUGCAUACCAACUACAAGGAUUAUCUGUUCAAUUGUCCGGAAGGCACCUCACGUUUUCUGGCUGCUAAUCGCUUGAAAGCAAACAAUCUUGGCGAUAUCUUUUUCACACGAGAUACUUGGGAUCAUUUUGCGGGUGUAGCAGGGCUGCUGAAAGCGCCGGUUGCUUCAUCAUCAAAAGAAUCCGGUCGAACAAUUAGAUUACACGGGUCACAUAACAAAUCGAACUAUUUCGAGCGUCAAAAUGAACAAGUCGACGCCGAUCUCCCAUCCACUAUUACUUUGAAGAUCGAUAUCGCAUUCCUAAUUGAGCUGAAGCCACCGCCACGUUCGCUAGAUAUUCGAAAAAUCCAGAAUUUGAAAAUUCCCGGUGGUCCUCACAUGAAGCAAUUGAAAAGCGGUGAAGAUAUUACACUUCCAGAUGGGCGUUUUAUCAAGGCUGAGGAUGUGUUAAGUGCGCCAAAAACUGAGCCUCAACCGGCAUGUCUUAUUGUUGAGUGCAACGACCUCAGGAAGCUUCCAUCGUUACAGAACAACACUCUGAUUCGAGGAUAUAUCGGUGGUGACAAAACAAAUCUGCGAUACGUCGUUCAUUUCACUGAGCCGCCAGUGAUGAACAGUGAAGAAUAUCAGGCCUGGAUGGCUUCAUUUGGCCAGGAAUCUGAGCAUAUCAUCGUCAAUGGGACCGGCCCAUGCUUGCCACAUAUGGAAGCUGUUUACAGGAUGAAUGUUAUUCUGAACUGUAUUUGCCCAACGGCAUUCCCUCUUCUCUAUCCACUCGAUUUCAACGGAACGAUACAGCAGGCAAUUAUUUCAUUUCUAUUCCAAAAUGGUGAAAAUUCUGCUUUGGACGAUGAUUGCGAAAAGGACGGCAAUAAACUCUAUGCAAGACCGUUUCAGCGGUUUUUCCUCCGAAAACCGUCCGUUUUGGAAGCAACCCCGCCAAAUGUUUCAUUGGUUCGCACUGAUCUGAUGCUACAGCUCAAAGAAAAUGAAGUGACUGCG